UAUAUUUUAAUUGUUAAUGAGGAAGAAAUCUUUUGGUCAUAAACCGGAUAGAAAUCAAUCUUCCGUCGAUACACGCUCCGAUAUGUCAAACACAGAUAUUGUCGGUGAUGAGACUACAUCCAGGCAGAUUGAUGACUCACCUGCUGUUGAGACUACUGAUGUCAUGGAGUCUUCCGAGUUGCAUGAAACCGCUUUAAAUAAGGGAGAUGACGCUGCACAACAAAAUAUUCCCGUUGAACAAGAGGACUCUAUCUUGCAGCCUGUUAUCCCAGAAACGCGAGAUGAAGCAUUGGAUGUUGCUGCUAAACCGCCACGAGCAAAAUAUACAAAAUUGACGAUUAUUCAAAAUCGGUUCAAAAAUGUAUCUCCCGCUGUUGAUCAGGACAUAAUAGCACCAGAAACUGUUGUAACUGAAUCACAACAGUCGGAUCAAGAAUUAUCCAAACCAGCUUCUCGAUAUUCGAAGCGUUUGAAGAAUACUGGAACUCCUUCUUUUCUUUCGGAUAUGGCGAAACUAAAGGCAUCAUACACUGCCAAAAAACAAGCCAAGCAAGUUUCUGACGAAACUAAUGCGAAAGACAGUGUUGUUGAUGAACUUGUUGUACCGGAAAUCGAAAUACAGAAGAAAGUUCGAAUUAAUGUGAAGAGGAAAGUGACAUUUGAGUCGACUGAUGAUGAUAGUGGUGCGGAUAAAACUGAUAAGCAAUCGCCAAUAAAAAAAAAAUUAUCAAGUCUGUUUCUGGAUUGAAGAGAAAACCUUCAACUGAAAUUUGUGAUGAUGAAAAUGUGGUAGUUGAGAAAUUU